CUCUGUGUCCACUCAUUUGCUUACAGUCCCGUUUCGGUUACCAGGAUCGCGACAACUCGAAAGAUGAAGCCUACGGUUCUUGUCGUCUUCUUUGCCCUGCUGGCCACGGCUAUGGCUGGCUUUUAUGGCGGUUUCGGCGGCAUCGGUUACGGCGGCUACGGAGGAUUUGGUGGCUACGGAGGCUACGGUGGAUACGGAUUUCGCGGUUUCCCAGUUGGGCGUGUGUUCUCCUACGGCUCCAUCAUAAAGCACGGUUUCGGCGGUUACGGUCUCGGCUUGGGCUACGGAGGAUACGGCGGUUACGGAAUCGGCUACGGAGGCUACGGAGGAUUCGGCCGCGGCUUUUACGGAUAACGUGUGCAAGUGUGCAUAUAUCAAGCUGCUAGCCAGUGAUCUGACAAGCGCAGUCACAAAGACGCAUCCCGGACUUCUCUGUUGCGUGU